AAGAAAAGCCAAUGAGCUCAGUUUACAAAGAUAUCCUUUCGUGUUCGCAUAGUAUAUAAUAUCAACCACCAGUGAUGAGAAUUUGUCAACACAAACGUCCCAACUCAGAAGAUUAUGGGUUUUAAACCCUCUCACCGCGUCAUUAUCUCCCUCUUCUUUCUGUUUAUAUUUCUGUCUUCUGUCGCUUAUGGUUAUUAUGACGAUGGCCUACUCGAUUAUAGUUUUUACGAUAUGUCAUGCCCUCACUUAUUCACGAUCGUCAAGCUUGGUGUUUGGGCAGCUCUGAAGAAUGAUACCAGGAUGGCUGCAUCCCUUCUCCGGUUGCAUUUUCACGAUUGUUUCGUAAAUGGCUGUGAUGGUUCUGUGCUCCUUGACGACACUAAACGUUUCAAGGGAGAGAAGAAUGCUUUACCCAACCGCAAUUCGCUUAGAGGUUUUGAAGUCAUUGACACAAUAAAGGCGGAUGUCGAAAGAGCUUGCCCUUCGACUGUUUCUUGUGCUGACAUAUUGACUCUUGCAGCAAGAGAAGCUGUUUUCCAAUCAGGAGGGCCUUUCUGGUACGUUCCACUGGGCAGGCGUGACGGGUUAACUGCUAGUGAAAAAGCAGCAAAUGAACAGUUACCAUCACCUAUUGAACCUUUAGGUGGCAUCACUGCCAAGUUUACAUCAAAGGGCCUUGACUUGAAAGAUGUAGUAGUCCUCUCAGGUGGACAUACUAUAGGCUAUGCUCAAUGUUUCACAUUCAAGAGGAGACUUUUCAACUUCAAAGGCUCCGGAAAGCCCGAUCCUACUCUCGACUCUUCGCUUCUCUCCGGCUUGAGAAGCACGUGUCCAAACGUGGACAAAUCGAAUUCCAAGCUCGCUCCUCUGGACACUGCAACCGCGUACAUGUUCGACAACGCUUAUUAUAACAACCUGGUGAGCAACUCGGGCCUUCUCGAAUCCGAUCAAGCCUUAAUGGGGGAUCCAGUGGCUGCAUCACUGGUCAGUUCUUAUAGCAUGUACCCAUACAUGUUUUCACAAGAUUUCGGAGCAUCAAUGAUUAAGAUGGGAAGUAUUGGGGUUUUAACCGGGCAAGUUGGGGAAAUUAGGAAGAAAUGUGGCUCUGUAAACUCUUGAAGUUGAGCAUUUUGUAACUGGUGGGGUGUUCUGUAUGGUUCUAGCUAUGGGAGACCCAUGGAUGAAUAAAAGUAUUUUGCAAUCAAA